AUGUUCCUGACUCACUGUGUGAUGGUUUGGAUUUUGGGGACAGUCCUCAGCCUCUGCCUGCCUGUGUGCAGCGCUGUGAAGGUGACCCAGCCCUAUAAAGUGGUGAGCAGCAACGGUACGGCACGGGUCCAGUGCUUUGUCCAACCCCAACCCUCCUUCAACCAGAUCCAAGCCUUCUCUGACCAAACCCAGCACUAUCCCUACCCUGACCCUGAGGAGCUCCGUGUGACCCUGCUGAAAGGACUCUACGGCACCCAGGAACUCUGCUCGUCCAUGCUUAACUUCACAGAUCAGGUCGAGGAAGAGGCGGAGAAAGAGCGAGAGGUGCAGUGCUCUGCUCAGCUGAGAGAGGGCGCUGUGGAGGUGACAGUGUCUGGACUGAAAGCCAAACACACAGACAUGUACCGCUGUAAGAUCGAGGUCUUCUACCCACCGCCGUACCUGCGACUCACUGGCAAUGGCACACUCAUUCAUGUUUUAGAAAGCUCUGACUGUCCUGUGCUGGAGGCUCAGAGACAGACUGGACACCGGGGUGAUGAAGAAGAGGAUGAUGAUGGGACGGCACCAGUCAGUGUUCCUGUGGUUGUGCUGGUGGUACUGGUCAUGUUUGUGCUCAUCAUCAUUGUCUACUUCCAGGCUCUGCAGUGUAAACAGGAGAGGAGGGAGAUUGUCCGAGCGGUGCCUGCUGUGCUUCAGAAGGUGGAUGCUGCUGCGUUUUCAUGUUAA